CCCACCCCACCCGCGUCAAGCCGGUGGCGCCGCCGAAUCGCUGCGCCGCCGCGCUCCCCCGCCGAUUGCCGGGCCGCUCCACCGAGCUUGCUCCGCAGCCUCCGCUUGGAUUUGCAAUCCGGCUUCUCGCUGGCCGUUUCGAAGGAUGGCCGCGCCGGCGGCGUUCAUGGAGCGGGCGCUCGAGCAGGCCAAGUUCGCGCUGGACAACCUCGAGGUCCCUGUAGGAUGUGUGAUUGUUGAGGAUGGGAAGGUGAUGUCCUCUGGUAGCAACAGGACGAAUGCCACUCGAAAUGCUACCAGACACGCUGAGAUGGAAGCCAUCGAUGUCCUGCUUCGGGAGUGGCAGAAGAUGGGUCUUGAUCAGGCACAGGUGGCGGAGAAAUUCGCAGGAUGCGACCUUUAUGUCACGUGUGAACCCUGUAUAAUGUGUGCAACGGCAUUGUCGAUCCUUGGAAUAAGAGAAGUAUACUUUGGUUGUGCCAAUGACAAAUUUGGAGGAUGUGGCUCGAUCAUGUCGUUGCACCAGGGUUCUACUUCGUCAGAUGAUUUGUCAGGGAGCCAACCCCCUAAACCAAAAGGUUUCAAAUGCACUGGAGGGAUCAUGCCUGAAGAGGCAGUGGCUCUGUUUAAGUGUUUCUAUGAGCAGGGAAACCCGAAUGCACCAAGGCCUCACAGACCAGUACGAAUACUUCAACAGUGACAGGUUUCUUUAGCUUGACUACAAGCAUAAUGUGGAGGAUCUCAGGAGCGCAGGCAUACAGACUUGACUGUAAAAUUGUAUUAACAUUAGUAACCUUGAAAGAAAUAUUUCGAUGUGAUGUAUGUACAAGAUACAAUGCCACCUUUUCCAUUUGAUUCUUUAAACAAUAUGCAUUUCUUUUGUGAAGAAUGGCUUUGAGAUAUAAUUUUAUGCUUAACUCUUA